AUGCCCUGGAGACCUGUGCAAAUCGGCUUUGCAAUCGCUGUACACCCUUUCCGCGCAACCGAACCCGAUGACCUGCCUCUCCAGAUUGGUGACCACUUGUACAUUAUCGAACAGGGAGGCCAGACGAAUGAAUGGUACCGCGGAUACCUGGUCGCGCCGCCAUCGCUGCUGGCCGGGCUGACCAGCGAUCGAGGACAGCAGCUCGAGCAUCGCGUCUUCUCCGGCAUCUUCCCCAGCAACUGCGUCGAAGUACGCGAGUAUCUGGGCGAGGACCAAGACGAUGACGAGGAUGGAUCUCGAGACAACGAGGACAACGAUGGCAGCGUGCCAGACAACGGGGACGAAGACGAUGGGACGUCUGCACGCCGCAAAAGCCAGGCGGACCGCGCGCGGCGCGUGAGCAAAAGAAUGAGCAGAAAGAAGAGCAGUCGCAGCCUGCGGAAAACCCGGUCGAUACACCUCCACGAGGAGCCCAUGCCGCGGGAUCCUAACGCGCCCAAACCCUUGGCGCCGGUGCCAUUGCUACGUGUGGGAGACGAAACGGGCUCGUCUGCAGCAGAGCCAUUGGUUGAUGAGAUUGCAUCUUGUAUGAGGGAGUGGCACGAUGCGAGAUUGCAUGAGAUACUGCUCUCACGCGGUUAUACUCAAUUGAGCAGAGUGAAGGAGCUCGUACGCCGAGUCGACAGUAGCCGGAGUAAGCUUAUGCAUGAUGUCCUCACCGAACACGAACUGGAGGAGCUCCGCGAAGACACGGUCUGGGACCUUGUGGCUGGCAACAAGAUGCUCAACGACGAAGUCAUCGUCCGCAGUCCCACGGAAAAGGGCCGUCUCUUGACCAGCCAAGACUCGGUGGUUGAGAUGACCAAGCUCCAAGCGAAUAUGAGCAUUCUCGACAGACCUCCCAAGCCCGCUGCCGACAAGCACACGCUUCAUCACGUUCUGGUAGACGUGCGCAACUUGGUCUGCGACACCGACCCAUCCGCGACCUUACACAUGUCUCUCUACUCGAAAGCAUAUGGGGACCAGCCCCUACCGAUCAGCGAAAGCUAUGUCAUCUCAGUUCCGAUGCCCGUCGUGCCCUCUCAAACCCAAGAAGAUCAGAAUAAAACGCUGUUCGUGAAUCUCAACAACACCGACGUUGGCAUCGGUACUGACAUGAGCUCGUUGUUUGUCGUCUUCAAAUUGCUACGCGAUGAACCCCUGCGGCAGCUUGUGCAUGGGCAGGGGAUGUCGCAUCAGGUGGUGUCGCAUCAGCAUAAACCUUCGUUGCUCAGCAAUAUGUCGGCCGACAAACUCCCCACAAUGAAGAGCCGGCGCAGCGUUUUCGGCACUCCAAGGAGGAUGACUGGUCGAACAGCCUCUGAUGCCGGUGUGCGACCGCCUACAGCGCAAUCUCAGCAAUCAGACACGGAUGGCCGCUCUUCAGGAAACUCCAUUGCAGAAUCAACCACCUCUCGGGAGAUGAAAACAGUGCGGCGGACCAUUGGCAUAGGCGUUGUGGACAUCACAAAGCUUGUGCAGAGCAACCUUUCCAUCGAAACUAGCGUGGCUUUCUGGACUCCCGGGACCUCUGUAGACGAAGAGAGUGAAGAUUGGGUCGAUGUUAUUCGCGAACUAGCCCGAAGUCCCUCUGGCGGAUACUCUCGCGUUACGUUGAUGAAGCGCCUGGAUGUUUUUGUCAGAGCCUUUGCAGCUCCGGACCUUGGUGUACUUAUGCGCAACACACCUUCUCUGCUCCACAACGUCUUGACAACGCCCAAGCUGGGCUUCUCUGGAGUACCCGGCGAGAGAAGAACCGACAUCUACUUGACCCUAAGCGACCCUCGAAUUCCCCGAGGUGCUACACUGGCACACUCCAAGUAUGGCGCAGUACCGCUGAGCCAACGCUGCCAGACCAGUCUGUCUAACCUCCAGCUGACGCUCGAGGUCCGAAAGGCGAAUGGUGAGCGCAUCGACGAUUGCAUAUUCACUGCCGCGAACCAUGCUGGACAUACAGCCUGGCGUACCACCGGCAUAGAGCGUGGUGAGAGCUGGGGUCAGACGAUCAGGCUAGCCAUCCCGGCCGACCAAGUUCCUGGAAGUCACGUUGUCAUGAGUAUCGCGGACUCACCCAACUUUCCAUUUGCUCUAUCAUGGGUGCCAUUGUGGGAGUUUGAUGCUUUUGUCCGCGAUGGAGAGCACCAAGCAGCUCUAUACGUGUACGACGAGUACUCAUCGAGUAUCAUCGGGGGGAAGGGCGCCUACCUGGCUCUGCCGCCGUGGCACGACCGCGGUGACUCUGCUCAAAUGAACGCUGCAACCGUGUCGUUGCGCACCUAUCUGUGCUCGACAGAGUACUCUCAGGACCCAACAUUACUCGGUGUGCUCCAAUGGCGCAAUUAUCACGGAGACCAGCUGAUCGAAUUACUCGAACGUUUUGCCUUUGUACCGGAAAUCGAAAUCGUAAAGCUGCUGGGAGAUGUCUUUGGGGCAUUGUUCGAAAUUCUUCGCGAUUAUGAAGGAAAUGUGCGGUAUGAGGAUGUCAUCUUCUACAACUUUGUAGUCGUGCUCAGCAUCGUCCGUGACAAGCGAUUCGAGCUGGGCAGUAUCAUUGAAGAAUACGCAACCACCAGGCACGAUUGGCCAGAGGCAAGCCAGUGCCUCGUCCGAGCAUAUCAGCGACUUGUUUCCAGCCCGAUGGACCCCAAUGCCUCCCGCAAACUUCGUGCCACUUUCAAGGUCGGCGAUCAAAUCCUGAAACUCAUCGUAGAAACCACAAGACAACUCACGGAGAACGACGCGCAGGAUGCCAACGGGAUGCUCCACGACCAUCAAUCCGAUCUCCGGAAUGAGCUUCAGCGCCUGUUCCUUGCCGUCAUGGCUCUGAUGCGCAAUCCCAUGCCCGUUUUACUGGGAACUCAGACGCUUCUGAUACAGCACUAUCAUACCUGGCUACCUGAGCUAGCGCCUGUCAUGACACCUACCGAGAUUCUGGAAAUCGCAACGGAUUUGUUGGAUUCGUGCGCACACGCAAAGGGCAAGAUGAUCCUUUACAGGUUGAUUUUGAUUAUGCAUUACAGUCACCUUCAAGUCUUUCAGGCGCCUGAAGCCUCGUCAAUUCUAAUCACAUGCACUUUCAGAUGGCUGGAGCCAUACUGGGGUCACACCGACGAAGUCACCGAGCAAUGGCGCAAUCAGGUACGGCUAUGCUGCUCCGUCAUCGCGGCGCAAAUGGAAGCGUUUGGCGAGGAAAGCUGCCAGUAUGUCCCCAAGCUCGCCGAAUCAUACUUGGCGUUGAAGAAGGUUCCGYGAACUCCCAAGCCAGUCUUUAGCAUGCUGUUCCCGACAACUUUUCCUUUUCCAUACAAACCGACAGCGCAGAAUCUGGACGUGGAUGAAGCGAUGCUCGAAAUUUCCGCGCUCCUUGCUUCUGCACUAACGUCGGACCGGAAGCUCUACUUUGAUGCAAGUCAGGUCGAUAUUCCCGGCGUCUUGCUUCAGGCUUUGAAAGUCGGACACAGUGUCUUGUCUAGCGAAGCGUUUCCUCGCAGUUGGCUCAGUCUUUUGGUCAGUCAUCACCGAUGCGGGGUUACUGCAUUGGAGCGAAUAUCAGAAGUGUUGAUCGACGCGCUGCCGGAUAUAUACGCUCACGACACCUCCGAAGCGUUUGAAUUUGACACGGUCGUCUGGCGUACCUACUUCGAUACCCUCUUCACGGCACUCAGUAGUCCGGCCCUUGCCAUGGAGACAUUUCCCGAGCAAAAGCGGCGAGCGGUAUGGAAGAUUGCUGGUGAUGUUCGCGAACUUGGCGCGAACUUGCUCAAGCGCAGCUGGGAUGCUAUCGGUUGGGAAACUGACGACGAGACCAGGAGUAUGCAUGGCUUCGAGAAGAUGGGUGGAUACCAGGUACAGUUUGUGCCCGAACUGGUGGCGCCAAUUGUGGAGCUGUGCCUCAGCGUGCACGGCAGUCUUCGUGCCGUUGCGAUUGAAGUCUUGCGCUCGAUGAUUGUCGGUGCCUGGCAAAUCGACCAGGAUCUUUCCAUCAUCCAAAGUGCCAUGAUUGAUUGUCUGGACAAGCUGUGCAGGACCAAGAGCGUCACUGAAAGCGUGUUGCAGAAGACUUUCGUCCCUGAACUCCUGGAGCAAUUCCAACCCUUGCAGCGAACGGUCGAGGACAGUCUGUAUAUCGCUGUAAGCGAAAUGUUCGAGAAGAUCGACAACCUGCUGGUGAUGCUCGCAAACGUUCACAAAGCUGGCGCCGUCAGCGAUGCAAGUCGCCUCGUCGAUACCUUGCAUCUCAUGGAAUUUCUUCGGGAUGUUYAAUCCGAAGAUGCCUACAUACGGUAUGUGCAUCAGUUGGCCGAUAUGCAAACGGCCGCCGGAAACGUUACGGAGGCCGGGUUGGCACUCAAAAUGCACGCCGAUCGCUACGACUGGGACACUUCGCUCCACCUCGCCGAGAUGACGGAUCCGAAAUUGCCUUCUCAAACAGCUUUUGAACGCAAGGAAGCGAUAUACUUUGAAGUAUGCCAGAAGUUCGAGAAGGGCCGGGCCUGGAAGCAGGCACUUGCUGCGUAUCGGGAACUGGCAGUCCAGUACGAAUCCACCACUUUCGACUUUUUGAAGCUUGCGAGGACUCAGCGAGCGAUUGCUAGCAUACAGGAACGGAUUGCCAAGGGGGAUCGUAAGAACCCAAGAUACUUCAGGGUGGUGUAUCGGGGGCUAGGCUUCCCGCCAAGCCUCCGUGAUAAGCAAUUCAUCUUUGAAGGCGCAGACACCGAUCGACUUGCCAUGUUCCAAGACCGCAUGCAACAGCUGCACCCUGCUGCUCGAAUUCUCCGCACCGAUUCCGAGCCGGAGGUUGAGGGGCAGUACUUGCAGAUUUUCGCUGUCAGCCCCAACAAAGACAUUGAGCAUCCUGUUUACCAGAGGAUCAAGGUCUCCCAGGUCGUGAGGGAGUACAAUUUGAUCUCCAAUCCACAACGCUUCGCGACCACAUCUCGUCAGCCUGCGCGAGACAUUCCAAUCACAGAACAGGUUGUUGAAAAGAUGCUGUACACAACGGCAGAAGAGUUUCCUACUAUUCUCAGACGGAGCGAGGUUGUCGCAAUAGAGUCUAUAACGUUGCUGCCCAUCGAAGCUGCCAUUGAGCGGACCACAAGGAAGACGCAAGAGCUUCUUGCUUUGGAGAGUCGUAUAUCCGCCAACGGAGAUGAUGGUUCCAUGGCACGACUCACUGAAGACUUGCUGAGCUCGGUCGGCCCCGAUUCUGACAGUAGCGUUGCUCGAUAUCGUGGCCUUCUUCCAGCAUACGAGAUAUCGGACACUAUCUCGGGCUCCAUCGAUCCAUCUCUUCUCGCUCAAGAACAGGAAAACUCCCUCGACAUUAUACAGAAUGCCCUCAAAGUCGCUUUAUUGGACCAUGCACUCGCUAUCCGGCGUUGUCUGCGCCUUUAUCGCAAAGGAGACCAUCAAGCGACCAGGGCUGAGCUCCUGCCACGAUUCGAAGCCGCAUUUGCACACGAGCUGGCCAUUCUAUUCCCCCGAAACAUGAACCUGCCCGACGAACUCUCACCUCGCUCUUCCCUCGAUGACCAAGACGGUCAAUUACUGAAUGACGCAGACCAUCCACAAACUUCUGCUGGAGCGCCGUCACAAGAACAGCAGGCCGAGGCAGAAAAUGGAACCGGGCGAAGGACGUCCAUUCCGUUCCUGAAACGGGGAUUUUCGAGACAGGGGCGGACCAAUAGAACCGAAGGCGACAAGCAAACCCGCUCGGACAGUCAGACGCGCGGUCGGGAGAGGAGCAACAGUCGUCUGAGUGUUUUCCGCAACAAUACCGAUCCGGAGGCGAGACGAGGGAGCGAGAGUGGAUUCUCCUUGAAACAGAGACUUUCGUUUUUCAACAGCCAGAGCGCCGGACGGCUUCCUGGUUGA